AACUGCACCAAGUAAUGACUGGGCCAAUCCUGUUGAACGUGUGAUGAGCAUCGUUAACAUAGGACUACAGGGAAUUGGAGUAAUGAGAAGGAAAAUGAGUGAUGAAUUUGAGAAAGCUAUUGGUACAAGUUUUUUUAAACAUAUUUACUGUAUAUUCAAACUUGUGGGUAAUAUCCACUAAAAGCACUGUACAGUACUGUUCUGAUAACACCUUUUUCAAACUAGUUUAACCUUCUGAGCUUUUUACCAUUCCUUGUGGGUAAUUUAACCAAUAGUCAAUUUCUGGUCAAUUUCUCCCACAGUAAUGUACUAAAGUAAAAGUUGUUGAAUAUGAAAGGAUGUGUUUCUCAUGGUCACAAUUCCCAUUUUACUUUUAUAUAUUAUAUUAUUAAGCAAAUGCUGGUAGUGUUAAAGAGAUGAGGGACAAGGUCAACACUCCUGAACUGAAGAAACAGCUUUCUGAGUCACUCCAGUUUCCUGUCGAUUUGAUUAAGAGCCAGAUGGUUCGUCUUAGUUUAAAAGACAAAUCAUUCCAAGUCUUUGACCCAGCAGAAGAUGAAAAAAUCGACGCUUUAUGGAAACUUUGUCUGGAUGUUGACAAGAGUUUGAAA